AUGAGUGAUACUCCUCCCAUCCUUGAUACCCCCGACUGCCAGAAUGAGUCCCAGCAGCUGAGUGAGGCGCUCGAGGAGUGCAUCCGCAGCUUCACACAGGAGCACCAGAAGCUCAAGAGCCCCAAGGCCGCCUACCUGGCCAAGUGUCUCGAGCUGGAGGCCUUGUCCAGUACAAGCGACUCCAGCCUGCCGACCUCGCCGCUGGAGCUGCGCAUGUUCCGCACCAGCGCCAUGGAGCACGGCCGCAUUCUGGGCAAGAUGCGAGAGAACAUGGCCAGGGAUCAAGAGGCGUUCGAGAAUGCCCACAGCCGGGCAAUUGACCGUCUUGUCGACCAGCUAUUUUUCCUCUUGGGCCCGUUGCUCACCGAGAGGGCAAAGCGAGGGGAAUGCUCCCCCAGUCAAUCACCACAGCCUGAGAUCACCCUUGGUCAAGCGAUUGAAGAGGGCGAUGAUCGAAUGCCUUCGUCGGACAGUGAACACGAGCAAGUCGUCAGCCCAAGAAAAAAGCAACCGAAGAAGACAAAGACACGGAAAGGCACCCCUCGCUCUCGCAACAUUGAGUUUGAAGACGUCUAUCAGGAUGGCGAGCCGGAUCAACCACGAGCCAUCGUGCGGUACCCAGAAAACCACGGCCACUUCUACAUACUCCACUGUAGCCGCCACGACCAAUUCUUCGAAACCCUUUUCAACGGAGCGUCGCAUCUCAGUCAUGCCGAUCACGGAGGCAAGAGACCAAGCCACCGCGCGGUAGUCCAGAAGCUCGGCGUCCUCGUCUUAGGAUGCAGCGAGAGCCUCGCGAAGAAGAACAAUGCUCUUCUCGGCAUCAACCCCCCUCAUACCGGUAAAAGAAAGUCGUCUUCUGUCCAGGAACAUGACCCAAAGCGAUCCAGAGCUUCUAGUGCCAGCUCUCAGCGCCGCCGGUCAAAUGCUUCCGAGACUAUGAGGCAUGUAGAGGAAGUGCCUGCACGCCGCCAGAACCAGACUGCCGCCGCAACUGCGUCCAGUGGCCGAGCGCGUCGCGGCGAGAUCACCCCGCCGCCCGAGAAGGUCUACGAGUCCAUCCUCGACCCUGUCCCGGGAGAGAUAUACUUCUGUCUGGUCAGUGAGACGAGGAGCUACGUGCCCGUUCUCCUUCUCCCCAUGGAGAACCUCGAGGAUGUGGGUAUCCAGGGAACUCUCACCUCCCUCGGAUUGAUGGACGACCUGCCCAACGCUUUCGUUCACAACCCCGAGACUGGCAAGCUGGACUGGGCGGAGGGGUACGACGAGAAGGGGAAGCUGGCGGCCAAGCGUGCAUUCCCCGCCAUCUACCUGACCAGCAAGAAGUUCCCAGCUGGCUGCCCCGUCGCCUGGGUGGCAGCGAUGAAUCUGCGGAAGUGGGAUCUGAGCAGCACCAGUGUCCCACUCAGGAUGAACGAGCACUGUGAGGUUCUGAGGUACAUCAUGCGUCAGCGAGAAGAGAUGAUGCUCCCCGGCCAGCGUCAAAGGGCUACCGAGAGCAUGGAUGAUGCGGGAGAGCCGAUCGCCACAGAUGAGGCAGCUGCAGAGGCGACGCGAGCCGAUACUCCUCCAGCCUCAGGCGAAUCACCCGAUGCAGUGGCAUCAAGGGGCUCUUCUGUCGCCCCUGGGGAAAUUUCUCGUCCCCCAUCUCGCAUGGACAUAGAGAUCAUCGAAAUUCUUUCCUCUUCAGAAAGUGAGGAUGAAACUGAGGAGAUCGCGCAGCCAGACCCCCCUUCAAUCUCCCAACAGCACCCUGAUGAUGCUCCGGUGACGGACGAGCCCUCAGCUAUUUCUCUUGAAGAUCCUGAUGCGGAAGAUGCGGCCGAGCCUACCGUCGAAAAGGAUGCUGAAACCCCGAUGGACCUUGCAGCGGUUGCCAACGAGGGCCUUGAUGAGGAUGGGCUGAGGUUCACCACGCCGCCUUCAUUCGUCGCUGAUGAAGACCUCGAUGCUUCCAUGGAUGCCACCCUUUGUAUUGAUGAACUCUCUGCGGCUGAUGUCCCAUCUCCGCCGCCCAUCUCUGAUCAAGAUAAUGGGGACGCCAUAACAACUGCAGCCUCUUCAGCUGCUGCCACCAAGGAUUAUAUCGAACCCUCGGAGGUUGCCCCCGCUCAGAACGUCUCCGAUACGUUUGCUGACGUGACAGAGACUACAUCGCCUUCAAUUGGCACACCUGAAGAUUCUAAUGCCAUGGAAAAGGUGCGCCCUUCCGGUGUCCACGGGAGUGUUGGUGACGUGAUGGAGAGUACAACCCCUCCCAAUGCUCAUCGAGAUGACAUCUUGGAGCCUCCUUGCACUUCAAUGCCUCACAAAGAUUUUGAUGAACCAAUGGAGGAUGCAAGCCCCCUGGUCCUCCCGGACGGAGAUGACGAUAAUAUGAUGGACAUGUCACCGCCUUCUGCAGUCUCUCAAGAAGACGCUGAUAAGGUGGGAGUCGCAUCCCCUUUGAGCCACGCUUCGGAAGAUGUUGAUAGCCUGAUCCGGAGCUCAACACCCAACGCCAGGUCCAGUGAGGGCUCGAGUGUCUUUGAUAAGGCAGCUUCUCCUCCAAUGUCAGACUCCCUAGCACAAGACCAGGUAUAUGAUUCCUUACCAGCUGACGAAAAACCAUCACCGUCAACAUCAUGUUCAGAGUCGCCAGGCAAACCAACUCAAUCGAACACUGCUUCGACUCCAACUGAACAAGGAACGGGCACAGAACGGUCAGCAUCGCUCUUCAGCAAGGGCUCCUCUAACGCGUCCCAGACUCGAUCACCUUCCUUCUCACAUGAUGGGGGAAUUGAAGCCGUAGAUCAUCGAGACUUUGCCUUUGUUAAGAAGAGGAAGUAUGUCUCCCCAUACAUUCCCCUCGAGAAACCUGCCGAGGGAACGGAUCGACCAGUCUCUUCAACUAGUCCAAGCACCAAGAGGGAGGGCGGACAGAAGUCUUUGGCAUCUCCCCUGGUCACCGUGAUCUGUCUCAAUGAGAGCACAUUGAACAACCGCGAGCCAGAAGGAAAACCGAGCAUGAACUGCCCCAGGCUGGAGCGGUCCGAGGAUGUCGACCGAGUAUCAUCAAAAGUAACUGGGGACACCAAAAGACAGCCCAACACUUCAGUAGUGCGUUCUCGCCUCCCACCGGCCACUGCUACAACAUCUGAUACCCCCGUCUUAUCAUCACACAAAUCAACCCCAGUCCCGCCUAUCAAGCCUGAGGCGACCAAGAUCGGUCGUUCCUCGAAUACCAAGUCAGCGUUCACAACAACGGGGCAAGAAACUCGGGCUCCUUCCCCUCAGACCACGACGACUCGCGCGAAAUCACCCGGUUCACGUGCCAUACCCUCCAUUGCGGAUAUCCUGGGGACGGAUCCUGAUGUCCCUUCCACUCAACAUCAUAGACCUCGGCAAACCAUGGAUCGCUCCAUUCCCACUGGCCUUCCUAAGAUCUUAUCGGGAAACGCCUUGCCAGAACUCGAGAAUGUGAAUACAUCAAGAGCUGUAUGCAGUCCACCUUCAAAGCACGAUUUUGCCAAUAUUCUUAACCAUUCUCCAAUCGACACCAACACGGCAUACACCAGCAAUCAUCAAGAAUUUCGUGGCAAUGCCUUGGUGCCCCAAAAUACCUCUCAGUCGUCUUUGCAACAAUUGGCGGCCCAGGCGACAGAAGCCACCGUCACCCAGACUGAACGCGAACACAUAGCCACUCAUCACCGUCCGACGGGUGAUUCUGUGGGUAUGGCAUAUACCCAGCGCCCUGUUAUGGCUUCACACAACCGUGAAUCCAGUCAAAGCUCGGUGAAUUCACAGCCACACGGUUCCGACGGGCAAUCCUCGGCAUGCGUCACUUCAUCAGGCAAUGCUCCAUGCUCCCCCAGGUUACUGCAGGAAGAAGCAAGGCAAGCGUUGGAGAAGAUCCAGAGUUGCACCAUGCAACGAGAUGGCUCAUUUGAUCAGCACAAGCAGAGACAUGUGGCCUUCCAGCAAGGACUUCCUUCACCCACACCCCAAACGGCUGGAUUGGCUCCGCAGUAUGCUGAAGCAAGAAUGGAAAGGAGGGAGCCAUACGAUUACAGGGCUCCGUUAUCUCCACCCGACUCCCAGCACCAGUUUCCGCCAUGUCGACCGUUUGCGUUCACAUCAGGAAGGCCACAACUACCGGAGCCACACGCAUUUUCCAGAGGCACCGAGCAUGGGAACCAACAGUCUCUCGCGGAAGUACGGGAAAUACCGUCCAUGCGAACCUCUCCUCCUGUCCAUCACCACAACUCCUUCACGCCGCACAACCACCGUGCCCAGCAAAGAACCGCUCCGCAAGCCCCUACCCCAGAGGACGGAGCUCGCAUGGGUCCCACGCCACCCUCGUCCGAUCUUGGUCAAGGAGCAGGAGCUCAUGAUCUGAUGUGGACUGCCGUCUCCCAGGCUGCCAGCUCGGCUCCCUGGCUCUCGACACCCCCCGGCGGCGUGCACGAGCAAGUUCAAGGGCCCAAGCGCUCUGGAGCCAACGAUUACAAGAUAAAUAUCCAAUCCAUGAGGUCGGCUCUGAAUACUUACGUAUGUAAUUACUGCCCUUCGAGGAACAAGAAGCACUACCAGACCGCUGGCUGGAUGAAGAAGCACCUGGAGCAAGUCCAUGGUGUGGCCGCUCGGUCUAUGAUCUAG